AUGAAGAAGGGAAAAAAGCGAAGGAAACCUAACUACAGCAGCGUUGACCUCUCUGAGGUGGAGUGGGAGGACCGAGACGAUGUGUUGCGGAACGCCAUGGUGAACCGAAAGACGGGCAAGUUUUCCAUGGAGGUGAAGAAGACGGUGGACAAAGGGAAACGGGUUUUGGUGAUGACAAAUGACUACUAUUAUACAGACAUCAAGGGUACUCCGUUCAGUUUAGGUGUGGCGCUUUCCAGAGGCCACGGGAAGUACUUUUUCCGGGGGAAUGUGACCAUCGAGGAAGGCCUGCAUGAUCUAGAACACCCUGAUGUGUCCUUGGCAGAUGAAUGGUCCUACUGCAACACUGACCUACACCCUGAGCACCGCAUCUGUCUCAGUUAG